AAGGCACUGAGCACGAGCACCUUCCACUUUAGCCUCGUUGACGAGUUUCACCACUCCCUCAACCAAACCACCAACCUCAAAGAGCUCUUUAAUUAUCGAGUGUUUCUGUGGUCCAUGUUUAAAAGCGCGUUGGCGACAGUGCAAGGAUAUGAAGCUGCUGCCUUUCUCACUGUGAUCCCUCAGUUCCCUUCCUACGAAUACGAAAGCAAAAGUCAAAAAGCGGUCGGCCUAACAUCCCAAAACAUAUUUUCUCUUCACUUAAACAAGUAUAUCCGCCGCUGGAUUAAGUGCUUCCGAGCCUACUUCACAUUAAUUCUUGAGCUUGAGCACCAGCUAGCUCACAGUGGAUUAAGUUUUUCAAAGAAACAAGCGUUUAUUGGGCCUACUACUCCUGGUGGCUUGCCCAUCUGGCCAGAAGUGACGCCACUUGACCCCUAUAUGAUGGCCACGGGCAGCAACUUGGAUUUUAGUCGAGAGAUUCGCACUCUGGACGAGGUCAUCAGGCGAAUGCUCUGGGCUCUCACAUACUAUCCUUUUAUUCAAGUUUUUGACAAGCGUUUCUCGAUGGUAGAAUGCUUCUCAAAGGAGCUCUCAUGUUUCGUUUGCGAUUUAAUAGGCCGGCUUGACGAAUUUAAUAAAAGCCACAUGACGAUUAAAAGACCCUCUCAACUUUUGAAGGAGGUGACCAUCCUCUUUGAUCUUCUUCUGUCUCUCCGCCCUUUUGCACUGUUGGGCUGCUCUGAUCUUGUCCACGGGUUAGUGCCCGCACUUACUGAUCCCAAGGAGAAACCGGCAAGCUUACUGGUCGCUCACUAUUCUUUUUGGUAUUUAGCUUUUAUAGACAAAAAACUGAGCCCUGGCGCCGCCGUGGUCCCUUUUUCCCUAGGGCAAGUCUUUAGUGCCGGAGCUUCUCAGUCGGAACAAUACUUUAACUUAAAUGAAAUUAUUGCACUCUGUCAUCUUAUUGGAUAUGCCGGGAUUAAUUACGUGAAAAUUCAAAUUUCUAAGCAAAUGCUGCAGUGUUUUGAAUUAAUAAAACACUUCAUAGAUUCACAGAGAACUUUGGUAACCAUUUCCGAGAAAACCAUCUACAAAGAAUCCUUUAACGUAACCGAGCACUUAAAGAAAAUUAAGGAUAUCGAGGAGGUUUUACAGAAAACGAUGCAAGUAGGGCUCCUUAUAAACUUCGAGGGUCUACUAAAUAAAGCUCUGCAACUUGUUUCUCUGGAAACGGGCUUUAUAGUUACUCCGCUGGCGACAGGGAAAAAGCCCACUGAAGCAUCUUGCUUUCUCGAAAAAGAACUACAGAGCAGUGGCUACUCAAGCUUAGGUCACGCGCUCUGGAAGGAGAUGAGUUUCAUGUACGCGCUAGUGAUCCCGUGGGCGUACUACAAUGCAGAAAUACACUGCUCUUCGCUGGAAGAGCACGUGAAUAAAGCGCACUUGAUGGCCUCCGCUGUCAAUCUCCUGCUUACGACUUUGUAUGGGCAGCACAGUGAAGAUGGCGACUGCUGGACUAAAGACAGUUCAAUAAGUUCUGCGGUGCCCCAAAGAAGAGCCCAACUCCACUUUCUUGAGGUGUGUGUGGGAGUACUUUUUCGCCUGCGAGGUUCCAUCGACUUCAAACACAGCGACGAAAGGGAAAAAAAGUUUAAGAAUCUCGCAGGGGCGUCAAUAUUUAUAGAAAAAUUCUCAGCUGAUGUCUGCGGGUUGGGUUCCUCGGUGCUAGAGAAGGUUUUUCCACGCACAAUGAUCUGCAACGCCUACUCCCACUUGCGCAGUUUUUAUAAAAAAAAAAAAGGUGAACAGUAAAGUGUAGCAUCUUUUGUCUAGACUACAUACACUACAGCUAUAAUAAAGUUUUAA